AUGUAUGCAUUGCCUACUAGUGCUGACCGUGCCUGUUACCUGUGCGUACCGCCUGACCCUGGUAUAGAGCCUGCUGCUCUCGGUGCUGGUGAGGCUGCUACUCUAGGUGCUAGUGCGUCUCCUGCUCUAGGUGCUGGUGAGGCUGCUGCUCUCGGUGCUAGUACGUCUACUGCUCUAGGUACUGGUGAGGCCAUGGCUUCAGGUGCUGGUGAGUCUGCUCUCUCUGGUACUGCGCCCACUGCGGUCUCGCACACCUUCACCCUUGACUCAAGAGCUUCUCGCUCCUUUUUUCGCGACUGCACCACACUCACGCCGCUUAAUCGGCCAGUUCCAGUCUCCCUGGCGGACCCCUCUGGGGUGCCAGUCCUUGCCCACUACUCCACGGUUCUGCCGUGUCCGGCCGCCCCGUCCGGCUCGCUGUCAGGUCUUUACCUCCCCUCGUUCUCUACGAAAUUGAUCCGCGCAGUUCGUCUCCAGCUCCGCGAGCGGUUCCGGUCGGACUUUCCUGUCCUGCGUCUGCACUCUGACAGAGGUGGUGAGUUCUCCUCCGACCUCUUGGCAGCCUACUGUGCGGAGCGCGGCAUCCGCCAGACGUUCACGCUUCCGGCCUCUCCGCAGCAGAAUGGGGUUGCUGAGCGCCGCAUUGGCUUAGUCAUGGAGGUCGCUCGUACCUCCAUGAUCCAUGCGGCUGCCCCCCAUUUUGUGUGGCCGUUUGCGGUCCGGUACGCCGCGCAUCAGCUCAACCUCUGGCCCCGUGUCUCCUUGCCCGAGACCUCGCCCACACUGCUGUGGACGGGGAAGGUUGGCGAUGCGUCGCGUUUCCGGGUCUGGGGUGCUCGUGCCUUUGUCCGCGAUACCACCGCGGACAAGCUCUCCGCCCGCGCUGUUCCAUGUGUCUUCCUUGGCUUUGUCCUUGACGCGCCUGGUUGGCAGUUUUACCACCCCAGCUCGCGCCGUGUCUUUGCGUCUCAGGACGUCACGUUCGACGAGUCGGUUCCCUUUUACCGUCACUUCCCCUACCGCACUGCCUCCCCCCCCCCCCGCCGCUCUUCCUCGCUCCAGGUCACUGGUGACUCAGGUCCUACUGAGGGUGGUCCUGCUCGGGGUGCUACUUCUGUGGGUGCUGAGCCUGGGGGUGCGGAGCCUGGGGGUGCUGAGCCUGGGGGUACUGAGCCUGAGGGUGCGGAGCUUGAGGGUGUGGAGCCUGGUGGUGCUGAGCCUGAGUGUGAGGGGUCUGGGGGUGCUGAGCUUGGCUGUACUGACGCUGGAGGUUCUGGAGCUACUGAGGGUGCUGGCGCUGGAGGUUCGGGAGCUGUUGGAGGGCCUAGUACUGGUGGCGCUGGAGCUGGAGGUUCUGGAGCUGCUGAGGGUGCUCGCGCUGGAGGUUCUGGAGCCGUUGGAGCUACUGGCGCUGUGGGUACUGACACCGGAGGUUCUGGAGCCGUUGGGGGUGCGGGCGCUGAGGGUUCUGAGUCUGCUGUUGCGCGGUCUCCUUGGAGUAGCCGCCUUCGUCCACGUGUGCCUCUCACCUCACAGCAGCUGCAAGACUGGAGUGGUGCUGGUCCUUUGUCUACUGGAGGUGCUGGAGUCGCUGGCUCCGAAGGUGCUCGUACUGGAGGUACUGGAGCUGCUGGGGCUGGGGGUGCUGCGUCUGGAGGUGCUGCUGCUGGAGACACUGAGACUGGAGACCCUGGGACUGGAGGUGCUGGUUCUGGGGGUGCUGCUGCUGGAGACACUGAGGUUGGAGACCCUGGGACUGGAGGUGUCGGUUCUGGGACUGGAGCUUCUAAAGCUGCUGGAGGUGCUGGAGCUGCUGGAGGUACUGGAGCUGCUGGAGCUGCCGCCUGGCUCACCGCUACCUGCUCCUUCUCCCUACACUGA